AUGUAUAAUAGUGCAAGUGGGAGUGCUAUGUAUAAUAGUGCAAGUGGGAGUGCUAUGUAUAACAGUGCAAGUGGGAGUGCUAUGUAUAAUAGUACAAGUGGGAGUGCUAUGUAUAAUAGUGCAAGUGGGAGUGCUAUGUAUAAUAGUGCAAGUGGGAGUGCUAUGUAUAACAGUGCAAGUGGGAGUGCUAUGUAUAACAGUGCAAGUGGGAGUGCUAUGUAUAACAGUGCAAGUGGGAGUGCUAUGUAUAACAGUGCAAGUGGGAGUGCUAUGUAUAACAGUGCAAGUGGGAGUGCUAUGUAUAACAGUGCAAGUGGGAGUGCUAUGUAUAACAGUGCAAGUGGGAGUGCUAUGUAUAAUAGUGCAAGUGGGAGUGCUAUGUAUAAUAGUGCAAGUGGGAGUGCUAUGUAUAAUAGUGCAAGUGGGAGUGCUAUGUAUAACAGUGCAAGUGGGAGUGCUAUGUAUAACAGUGCAAGUGGGAGUGCUAUGUAUAACAGUGCAAGUGGGAGUGCUAUGUAUAACAGUGCAAGUGGGAGUGCUAUGUAUAACAGUGCAAGUGGGAGUGCUAUGUAUAACAGUGCAAGUGGGAGUGCUAUGUAUAACAGUGCAAGUGGGAGUGCUAUGUAUAACAGUGCAAGUGGGAGUGCUAUGUAUAACAGUGCAAGUGGGAGUGCUAUGUAUAACAGUGCAAGUGGGAGUGCUAUGUAUAACAGUGCAAGUGGGAGUGCUAUGUAUAACAGUGCAAGUGGGAGUGCUAUGUAUAACAGUGCAAGUGGGAGUGCUAUGUAUAACAGUGCAAGUGGGAGUGCUAUGUAUAACAGUGCAAGUGGGAGUGCUAUGUAUAACAGUGCAAGUGGGAGUGCUAUGUAUAACAGUGCAAGUGGGAGUGCUAUGUAUAACAGUGCAAGUGGGAGUGCUAUGUAUAACAGUGCAAGUGGGAGUGCUAUGUAUAACAGUGCAAGUGGGAGUGCUAUGUAUAACAGUGCAAGUGGGAGUGCUAUGUAUAACAGUGCAAGUGGGAGUGCUAUGUAUAACAGUGCAAGUGGGAGUGCUAUGUAUAACAGUGCAAGUGGGAGUGCUAUGUAUAACAGUGCAAGUGGGAGUGCUAUGUAUAACAGUGCAAGUGGGAGUGCUAUGUAUAACAGUGCAAGUGGGAGUGCUAUGUAUAACAGUGCAAGUGGGAGUGCUAUGUAUAACAGUGCAAGUGGGAGUGCUAUGUAUACAGUGCAAGUGGGAGUGCUAUGUAUAACAGUGCAAGUGGGAGUGCUAUGUAUAACAGUGCAAGUGGGAGUGCUAUGUAUAACAGUGCAGUGGGAGUGCUGGGCAAGUGCUAUGUAUAACAGUGCAAGUGGGAGUGCUAUGUAUAACAGUGCAAGUGGGAGUGCUAUGUAUAACAGUGCAAGUGGGAGUGCUAUGUAUAACAGUGCAAGUGGGAGUGCUAUGUAUAACAGUGCAAGUGGGAGUGCUAUGUAUAACAGUGCAAGUGGGAGUGCUAUGUAUAACAGUGCAAGUGGGAGUGCUAUGUAUAACAGUGCAAGUGGGAGUGCUAUGUAUAACAGUGCAAGUGGGAGUGCUAUGAGUGCAGUGCAGUGGGAGUGCUAUGUAUAA